UGGUAAUGUAGUAUUUGAAAGUAAAGCCAUUUUGUGCGACUAAUGACAAUUUAGUAUCUUAAGUAUUCAAUAUAUGAAGUAUUUAACAUAAUCGUAAUGCAGUGGUGGUGGAAAUAAAACGUUUUUAUUGAUUUUUUAAUUUUGUUAAUAAUGGGUGUUUCAAAUGUGGCUGCAGUACCCCCGCCUGCCUUGCGAAGGAGUGGGCGUAGUGGUCGUUGAAUAAGGAUCCCCUCCGAACGCGCAUGCGCGUGGAUUUGAAGAGACUACGCCAUAUUGAAUCCCAAUAGAAAUCAGCUAGUGUUUUCCCCCUAUCUAGCGGCGUAGAGGGGGCUACUUUCCCCAUGGUCCUAACUCGGUUUCACGCUUAAUUUUCGUGUUUCCCGGGACGGCGUAGGGGCAUCUCUCGGCUUGAGGGGGCUCGGCGUGCGGCAUCACGACGGACUCGCUGGCGUUGUACCCAACACGGGAGGGGGGGUCACCGGAGAACCAAGUUGAAUGGAUCCGAGGGUAGCUUGGAUUCAGCCCGAACAGAAAGGACCGGCGAACGCUUUAUGGAUGCACGUCUGGGAAACCUCUCAGGGAGUGCGGACGCUCUCCGCGCAGCACGUCCACAACCAGUGCGUCAAUUACGCCGCGUUGGACGUGUUGAAAAAUGCCGUGGUAUCGAGCAAGAGCCUGGGCAGCGGCCAUCGCAGCAUCAUGAACGGCGGCUCGGCUUGUGUGAACGACGCCGCGAUAUCCUCCCUGGGCAUGGCGCUGUCCAACUUUUUCAGCCCGGCCUCUGACGCGGCUGAAGGGAAGGCAAUUAGCCCCAAGGCUGGCUCUUCGUCGCUGGAAUCCCGGGCGGCGGACAGUCACCCCUCCGGCUGCUCGCUGGAGAGAACCACGGCUGGGAAUAAAAACGUCGGCCUGCUCUUCGCCCUGGGUGACAACACGGACAACAACCGGCUCCACCAACACCUCCUCCAUCACAACCGUCACAUGUUCCAUUUGCAGCAGUUGUGCGUUAAAAGUCACCAGGUGGCCCCUUCUGUAGCCGUCAACCACUCUCAUCACACCGUGCACCACCCCGGCCGGAGGAAAAGUGACAAUAAGGCCAGCACUUACGGGGUCAAUUACUUGCUUUCAAACUGCACUAAUAGCAACCACGCGAGCACUUGGACGCCCUGGAAGACGAGAAACUACAACCCGGGAGUCCUCGGACUCCAUGAAGAGGUGAUGGACUUCUACAACUUCAUGUCUCCGCGUCCAGAGGAGGCUGCUAUGAGGAAAGAGGUGGUCAACCGGAUAGAGAGGAUCAUCAAGGAGCUGUGGCCCACUGCAGAUGUCCAAAUAUUUGGCAGCUUCAGCACAGGACUGUACCUUCCAACAAGUGACAUUGACCUGGUGGUCUUUGGAAAGUGGGAGCGCCCCCCGCUGCAAGAGUUGGAGCAGGCUCUUCGCAAGCACAACGUUGCCGAGCCGUUCUCCAUCAAAGUGCUGGACAAAGCUACUGUGCCAAUCAUCAAGCUUACAGACCAGGAGACGGAGGUGAAAGUGGACAUCAGCUUCAACGUGGAGACUGGCGUCAAGGCGGCGUGCUUCAUUAAAGAUUAUGUUCAGAAGUAUCCGGUGCUGCCUUACCUGAUCUUUGUGCUGAAGCAGUUCCUGCUGCAGAGAGAUCUAAAUGAAGUCUUCACCGGCGGAAUAAGCUCCUACUGCCUCAUCCUCAUGGUCAUCAGCUUCUUGCAGCUUCAUCCUCGCAUUGAUGCCAGGAACCCCAGCGAGAACUUGGGCGUCCUGCUGAUCGAGUUUUUUGAGCUGUACGGUCGCCAUUUUAACUACUUGAAAACAGGGAUUCGCAUAAAAAAUGGAGGUGCAUACAUUGCCAAAGACGACAUGGCCAUGACCAACGGUUACAGGCCGUCCAUGCUCUGCAUUGAAGAUCCACUGCUUCCAGGCAACGACGUGGGCAGGGGCUCGUACGGUGCCAUGCACGUCAGACAGGUGUUUGACUACGCCUACACUGUCCUCAGCCACGCUGUGUCACCGCUCGCCCGAUCCUAUCCAAAUAAAGACUCCGAAAGCACCUUAGGAAGAAUAAUCAGGUUGACCCAGGAAGUGAUCGACUACAGAGAGUGGAUCAUAAAAAAGUGGGGUGGCAGGGAUCUGGCUCGAAUGGAUAACAGAGUGCCAACUCCCAAGGAGCCGGUGUUGAAUCAGGACCCCACCUGUGUUCUUGACAGUGGCAUGGGCUCAGAGGAGCAGCAGAGGGACUCGGUCUCCCCCCAGAGUGCAGACUCGCCAAUGUCCAUCUCCAGUCCCCAGCAGCACUCUUCUGCCUCCUCUGUCUCCUCGCUCUCUGGAUCAGACAACGACUCGGAUUCAGCACCACCCUGUCCUGUGCCUCCACCCCCUUUGCCCCCCUACGCAUCAUUCCCACCGCUGGGCCUCGCUUUUCCACCGGGAUUUAGCUUGGGCACGGCCAAACCAGGAAUGGCAGGACACCAUCUGCUCUUGCCUCCUGGCUCACAGGCUCGCGCUUCACUCCCCGGGGGUCUCCCAAUGCACUCCAUUGCUGGCAGACAGGUGUGUAUCGACACCCGUCUCCCCGCCUUCUUCCACAUGCCCCCCCCAGCCCAUGCCCACGCCCCCUCCAGUCCCCAGGCUCCGCCCAGCCACCACUCCAGCCACGCACAUAAGAACGCCGUCAAGUUCAACAUGAAGGGCUUUCACAACCCGCCGCUCAUCACCAAUCCGGCCGUGGCAACCCGCGGACACGCUCACACGCACACACAGUAUCACCGGAACACUUGGCGGCGCCGAAAGAGGGACAGCCUACCAGUCAGCCCCAGCAGAUAGAGACCGGGUGUCCCCCUCCCCCUCACAGAGACCAGCAGUUUUCACUUGACCGGGGCGGCCGCUACAUGGAACAGCCUGCAGCUCUGCUUCAGUGUGACCUUUUGUUCACUGCUUUGUAGCGUUUCAGUAUUACUUUGCGGUCAGUAUUUUUGCUUCCCUCGGUUACGGCUCUUUAAGAGUUCAUGUCUUGGUUUUUUGUUGUUUUUUGGGGGGGGUUUUUGGCACUGGUGGGAGCCGCCAUUGGCCUUUGCAAGCCUGUCUCGAGCCUCGCAGCAAAGCUGUCCCAAUGCUCAGCGUUUCUUUUUUUUUUUCUCUCCGUUUUGUGCAAUAUUUUUUUUUUCUUUUUGGAACUUAAAUGCUUAUUUAAUUUAGUGUGUAUAUGUCAAAGGCAUUUUUAUACGGUUUAUUUUAUUUUUAUAGCGUUUUUACCUUCUGUUUACGGAACCUUUUGGGUUUCUCUGGUGAGAUGGAGCCCAGGUCCGAGACCCCUCCUCUUCCCUACUUUUGCGGAGGAGAGCUUAUCUCUCAAUAACCCCCACGUUUUCCCCUCCUAGACGAGGCGAGCCUGACACUCAUCGAGGAAGUUUAGUUACUCGUCCUGGAGGCAAGUGGCAGGAAAAUUGCAGCCUGCCAUCAUAUCUUGGUGAGAGGAUGUAAUUGUCUCUUGGCUUUUGCAACCUCAAGAUUGUCUAUCUUCUCUUUGUGGACUCUGUUGCUGCCAUAUUUCUUCCAUCACUGCCCCCCCACUUCUUUACUGUCCUUUUCCAAGGUGGGGAUUGCGAAAAUAGGUUAGAAAAAUGGCUUGCACCGACUUGUGAGAGCGACCUUAGGUGCGCAAAGCUGUAAAUCUGUGCCCAGGCAAGUACUAUAUUGUGCUCAGCCAUAAGGAGCUUCCCAUUUGAGGUCCGGGGCGAAAAAAAGGGAUGGCUGGGGUGGGGUCCUCCUAAACCAAGGACCUAAGUGAAAGGGAAUUAUAUUUUGAUUCCAUUCAGGAAUCUUGUGUAUAUUUGAUUGCCAGGUACUUCCGCUAAUUGUUUGCAAUGCCUUUCUUUGUGUUUACUCGGUGUGUGUCUGUGUGUGUCUUUGUAUGCACGCUCACAGAGAGGACAAGGCUGUGACUUGCCAUCAACACUACUAACGCACGCCCGUGUUAUUUCUAUGCAAGUGGGUUACUCCGAUUAUUGCGUCACGUCUUGUGCAUUUGCGGGUUGUUGCCCCCCCACCCCCCAUUUACCACUCCAAUGACGACAGACCGUGUUCAGUUGGACUGGCCAGGAGUUAAUUUAUAUUCUUCUGUUUUGUGUGUUUGAACAACAGCCCCCAUCCUCUUAAAUUAGUGAGACACUCCAGAAGUUUUUUUAACACCUUUACGCCAAAUGUAAGGAAUAGGGUGUAUUUUAUCAUCCGUAUUUGGGGUCCGAGUAUGUGCAGUGUGUGUGUGUGUGUGACCUAGCAAAGUGGGUGAGGAGCGACUGUUUUGGAAUCAGACAGGAUGCGCCCAGAGAGCGACUUGCCCUCUGCCGCUGCAGCACCAGACAAGCUUUUUACAUUACAUUGAUGAUGUUCAAUGCUGUUACACUAUUUUAACUCUUUGUUGUUGUUGUUUUUUUUCUCUCCCCUUUCUUUCUUUCCUCCACGGAAGAAAACACCCGGCAACUUUGACCUGUCGCUCAUAACUUCCCACCUGGUCAUCAAUUUGACCCCCCAAUGAAGAAUUGGAAUUAGAAGACAUAGAUCAUGAGCUAAUCACUAACAUUGGCAUACAAAAAUGAUCUUAGCCAAAUUCGAAUCAUUAUGGACUUUACCGCCACAUUUUCUUACCUUUUAUGUUUGAAUUGGAACAGCACAUUUUUCUUCGGUUACAAGCCCUAUUCUGAAAUUUUAAAACAAGUCUUUAAAGCCAUGUCUGAUUUUAUGAGGAAGGGACAAUGAAAUGAGCGACGGGCAGUCAGAGUUGCCAAAUAUCUUCCUGCAGUAUCCUAUCUCGUGGAAACAUGUUGUGGCUCUCCUUGCUUCACCUUUAGUGUUCUGAAGUGAGGCAACAAGAGGACAACAGCGAGCCGCUGGGGUUCUGCCCUUACAAUGUACAUGAAGGUUCAAUGUAACCUCCCUCCUGUUACAAAUAUGAUGAGGGGUUUUAAAAGUGUGGCUUACCUUAUCCAGUAAUUUUUGUCCCGGCCGAUUGUUGUGAGCCAGAAAACACUGGGCCAGCUUUUGUUUCGGGGCUUUUUUUCUGGACGUUUUUAUGUAUGUUUUUCUAUUUUAUUUUUUAAAUAAACAUUUUAAAACUGC